UCCCCUCCCCUCCUCUGAUCUUCCUUCUUGGUUUCUGUGUGGGCCAAAAAAGAGACACUCUUCUUUCCAAAGAAUCAGGUGGAGACUGAUCUCUUUCAAGUAGAGGCAGGAUGGUGAGGACAUUGUGGCUGGCAGCUUGUGUGCUGGCUCUGUUCCUGGAGGUCGCAGCUCCCCAGGACACCGUGUGCCAAGCGCCCAAUGGCCGAGAUGGACACCCAGGGGCUCAGGGCCUGGCCGGACGGCCAGGACAGAAAGGAGAUGUCGGCGAGCCAGGGACGGCUGCAAGGAGCAUAGGCAUACAGGGGCCCAAAGGUGACCCAGGGGUUCCCGGGACACCAGGCACACCAGGAAACCAGGGCUACAGAGGCCCCGAUGGUCCUCAAGGCAGUCCUGGUGAAGCAGGCGAUAAAGGCUCCAGGGGGCAAGUUGGUGACAUUAUGAAGCAACCACGAGCUGCCUUCUCGGCCUCUCUGAAGAACCUGAAGCUUCUUGGCAACGUGGUGGUCUUUGACAACAUCAUCACCAAUGAGGAUGCGGGCUACAACCGUGAGAGGGGCGUCUUUACCUGCAAGGACUCAGGGUACUACUACUUCACAUUCCAGGUGGUUUCCAAUGGCAACCUGUGCCUUCGCCUCGUGCACAAAGGCACGCAGAUAGUCUCAUUCUGUGACAACAACGGACAAGGCGUCUUGCAGGUCAACUCAGGAGGAAGUGUCCUGCAGCUGAACCAAGGCGAGAGUGUCUGGCUGGAGAGUGACCCACAGGCCGGGAACAACAUUUAUGUCGACACCGACGCAGACAGUGUUUUCAGCGGCUUCUUGCUGUUCUCCUCAGGGGCCUGAGAAGCAGCAGAGAAGAUGAGGCCCUGCUUCAGACAGCCCCUCCUUAAAGCCACCACACAUCUCCCUCUCAUUGCAAUGUUACAACCACAGAGAUGCUUUUGCCAGAUCAGUGUAACUGGGAAUAUGUCUGUUUCCUAUCGUAUCACGCCUCGGGAUGGGGGGAGACGUUAAUUCAGCUCACAUUUUGAUGGGAACCUGCCUAAAUUCGCCCUUCCCAAAUCGAUACAGGAAUGUAGCUGUCCUUCAAAAUUCCCACUCCUCCAAAUUUUGUGAUACGGUUCUCCAACCAAAAGCUGGGCCCAAAAGGCCGUAUCUUUGUGGAAAUUGUGCACAAAAAUGAGUGAAAAUAAAAUCCAUAAAUAUAUUGUCGUAAGGAAAAUUGCUUGCAAAAAAAAGGAAAAAAGUAUGUUAGGCAAAAUUGCACACAAAAAGGUGUAUAUAAGGGGAGAUGUACACUAUUUUGUCCUCAAAGGAUUGUAUUCAAUGCUAGUCCUUUGCGGAGUAAACCCAUUGAAGUUAAUGGAUAUUACUAACUUAGGUCUAUUCAUUUCAGUGGAUCUACUCUGAAUAGCUGGAUAUAAUCCAUUAUCAGUGAAAAUAAUGGACAUAAUUGCAUUAUGUUAGAGGAUAUUUGUGUGCAAAAUGUGUCCUACAGACAUCUUUGUGUACUAAUUUUUAUGAGAUUUUUUUAAGGGUUAUAUCCAACGCUUGUCCUCCUCAAAGUAGGCUCAUUGAAAUUACUGGCUUUGACUAACUUUGGUUCAUUAAUUUCAGUGGGUUUGCUCUGAGUAGACCAUAGUUGGAUACAACUCAGCGUUCACAAACUGAUGUGCAAAGGGGAUGAAGAAACCUAAGCUUGGAGAAAGGCGAAACAUGGGGAGACCAAAACUGACAGAUUUGUCCAUCCCUAACCACAUCUAUGCUACUUCUGCCUCUCUCCCCCUCCCCAUACAUUUAGAUCACCCCAUCCUUCCAUCAUGGAAUCCAAAAUGGGCAUACCCCAAGAGGUCUCCCAGACCUGGUCCUGCUUAGCUUCAGCAAGGUGGUGGCCUCCUGUGUCUCCAGACCACACACCCUCGUUCCGACUUGGCAAUAAAUAAAAAAUUCAGAAUUUUGAAA